GUGAGCUGUAACGUGCUUUCCUCAAGGUAUAGACUAUACGACUCACAUUGCUCUGACGAAGUCCCUGAGUUGAGGUCAUCAUGGCGUCAACUUUGCGAAUCGGGAUCGCUCGAUUUUCUAACUGACCUGAUAUUUAUAUAUCAUCAAAGAACUAGAGUAAGAAGUGUCGCAUGAUCCAUGUUUAAUUUCGACGUACUGUGAAGGAUGUCAGAAUCAGGUCAACAGACGACAGGAGGAGGCAAGAACAGAAGCGACGAAAAGACCGAAAAGACGAGUGACGGUACGUUCCGAUCAACAUUCAAGUUCUCCUUUGGUCGUAAACGUACAACUGAGAGUUCCAAAACCCAGGUGGCCCACCAAGGUCAUUCCGCUGUGUCGAAAGACCAGUCUUUACAGCUCAGCGAGGUAUCGUCAAUAGUGCCCGAAGACAAGGGACCAGACGUUCUACCUAAACCAGAAAAAUCUUCAGUUGAAAAUUUACAGGUCGAGAGCCAAUGCACUGAUUCUGACAACAUUAUAGAGAAAACAGAACCGUCCACAGUACAACAACAGGAACAAGAGGACGAAAACAACGUUAAAGAUCAGUUACAACUAGCAGUGACCCUUGAAACAGAAGAAUCGUCAGUUCAGAAUAUACAGGGUGAGAGCCAGGUCCUACAACAUUUGGGUACUGAGUCUGACAACACGACAGAGAACAUAGAACCGCCAACAGUACAAGAACAAGAGAAUGGAGACAACAAAGAUCAAUUAAAACAGGCAGCGACCCUGCACGACCAAAGCGCUCUACUCGAAACAGAAGAAUCUCCAGUUGAGAAUAAACUCGACGAGAAUCAGGCCCUACAACCUUUGGGUACUGAGUCUGACAACACGACAGAGAACGCAGAACCGUCAACAGUACAACAACAAGAACAAGAGGAGGAAGACAACAACAAAGAUCAGUUACAACAAGCGGCGACUCCGGAAAGCCAAGACGUUCACAACACAGAAGAAUCUCCAGUGGAGAACACACAGACUGAAGAACUCAGGGGACAGGUCCUACAGUCGGACAUUCUUGAGUCUUUUGACCCAUAUGUAGCACAGGAAGAUGAGGACAAGAAAGAGAACGAAACACAAAGACAGAGGAGUCCAGAAUACCAAGACGUUUUAUCCGACCCGGAAGAAUCUUCGGUACCACAGAAUAAACAGAGUAACGAGCACAGCGAAGACAUUCUGGACAUUCUUGAGUCUUUCGACCCCUUAGAUAACACAGGGCAAUCCACAGUGAAAUCGGAGGAUGAGCACCAAGAACACGAACAGCCACAAAGAAUUAGAUCUACGACACCAGAGUUCCAGGACGCUCUUUUCGACCCUGAAGACCCAGAAGAGCACAACGAAGGGCGAGGGCUACAAUCGCCGGACGUUCUUGAGUUUUUCGACCCUUUAGAUACCACAGGAAAACAGUAUAACAAGAAGGACGAUAAACCACAAGUGAGCACUACUUUUGUAGAACCUCCAACCGACCCAGAAGAAUCCUCAACGGAGACGAAGGAGCACAGCGAACACCAAGUCCUGCAAUCCUCGGACCUCCUUGAGUCUUUUGACCCCUUAGUUAACACAGGAAAGUCUACAAUACAACAGGAGUGCAAGAACGACGAUGAAACACAGAAACAAGCAAGCACCGAUUUCCAAGAUUCUCCACUCGACCCGACAGAAGAGUCUUCAUUCCCAUCACAACAUGGACACGGGAGUGAACACGAGAAAAACGAUCAAACACAAAACGCAGUGGAUCCAGACCAAGAUGAAGACUAUGACGAGAGCCUGUUGUGGUUUGAUACCCCAGAAUACCUAGACAUUCUCCAACAGGAGCCCGGCGGGUCAAGACUAGAACAGAAACAGGCUGAGGAGGAAAAUGAAGUUAAAUUCAUGCAGUGGUCUGACAGUGUGGAACACCAAGACGUUCCACAGGACUCUAAACAGUCUCUGGAGCAGUUUGAAGAAGAUCGCACACAACAGUCUCUGUCAGUGAAGAAUCAGACUGAAGACCAAGACAACAGUCAGGCUCUGCAAUGGUCGGACAGUUUGGAGUACUACGAGGGCAACGAAGAACGUAUCAAGGAUCACGAAGAAGACUCGUCUGAUCAGAUGAAGACCCAAGAACCUGCUAAUGACAUGAACCAGGGUAUACUGCUAUCUGACGUCCCAGAGGGCAAGAAGGCACAGACCAUCCAAGAAGAGUCCAUGGUGAAGGAAGACCAGGCUGACCAAAACGAAACUAGUCCGGUUCAACUUUUGUCUGGGGGUCCGGAGGACCGGGAUGUCACCACCAUCGGCAUCGUAGAACCGUCUGCUGUUCAGCAGCACCAGGAUGAAGGGCAGGAACUAGGGCAGGUAUUGUUGCUUUCCGAAAGUCCAGAGGACAAGGAAGUUUCAUCUACACAACAACAGCCCGUAGUUCAGACCUACGAGAAGGAGAAAAGUAAUAUUUCGGACAGUUCGGAAUUACAAGCCUCGUCGACUCUACCAACAAAGUCACAGCAGCACAAAGAUAAAGAGCCCGACACAAGAGAGGCACUACCGUCGUCUGAAAGACUGGAGAACCAGGAUGUUUUACACCUGCAAAAGCAGCCUUUGACACAGCAGGACCAGAACGACGAGGAGAAAAGCAAUGUUCUAUCGGAGUCGGACAGUUCAGAAUCAGACUCAGAAUUCCAAGACGUGCCGUUACAGGAUGAGGAGGAUGAAUCAAGCCAGUCUGAUAGCUCAACAGACCAGGACGUCUCACCGACUCUCACCAUACAGCAAGAGCAUGGUAAAGAGCCUGACACAAGCCAGGCACUACCUUUGCCUGAAGGUACGGAGGAGCAGGAAGCUGUAGCCCUCCCAAAGCAGCCCGUGGUACAACAGGACCAGAUCUACGAGAAGAAAACGAGCGAUGUUCUAUUUGAGGCAGACAGUUCAGAGUUCCAGGACGUAGUACAGUUACAGAAGGACGAGGAUGAAGGAAGCCAGUCCGAUAGUUCGCGAGACGAGGAGGCCUCAUCAACUCCAUACAUCACUUCCAUACAGCAGCACGAAGGUAAAGAACCUGACACAAGCCAGGCACUACCUCUGCCUGAAAGUACGGAGGAGCAGGAAGCUGUACCCCUCCCAAAGCAGCCCGUGGUACAACAGGUCUACGAGAAGAAAAAGAGCGAUGUUCUAUUUGAGGCAGACAGUUCAGAAUUCCAGGACGUACAGUUACAGAAGCCUGAGAAGGAAGAGGAUGAAGCAAGCCAGUCCGAUAGUUCGCGAGACGAAAAGGUCUCAUCAACUCCAGACAGCACUUCCAUACAGCAGCAAGAAUGUAAAGAACAAGAUUCAAGCCACGCACUGCCUCUGGGUGAAAGUCAGGAGGUCCAGGACUUUCCACCUUAUCCAAAGCAGGCCACGGUACGACAGGACCAGACCGAUGAGAAAGAAAAAGGCGAUGUUUCAUCUGAGUCGGACAGUUCAGAUUUCCAGGACGUACCGUUACACGAUGAAGAGAACGAAUCGAGCCAGUCCGAUAGUUCAACAGACCAAGAAGACUCAACGACUCUCCCCAAACAGUCACAACAACACCAAGACAAAGAACACGAUACAAGGAAGAAACAACCUAUGUCUGGAAGCCAGGAGGAUUCAUCCCUCCUAGAACAGCCCAUUUUGUCGCCGUACGAAGCCCAGGAAGACAUGACAAACCAGGGAGCACUGUUGUCUGAAGACACAGACAUCCGGGACGCCUCGCCCCUUGCAAAACAGCAGGACCAGGAACUACCAUUGUCAGAGGGAUCAACAGAUCAGGAUGAUGAAACACCUCUUCAGUACUUCAAUACCUCGGAGUCGGAAAGUUCUGAGUUCCAGGACGUUCCAUCGGAAGACGAGGAUGUCUCAAUCUUCCCAGAGAUGGCCCAGGUCCGGUACCAAGCGAAGGAACACAAGAGCCAGGUACUACCGUUGUCAGAAGGCCUAGAAAACAAGAACUCGACGGUACAGCAGCAGACUGAUGAGCAGGAGAAAACCAAGGCUCCAUCGGAUUCGGACAGUCUGGAGUUAGAAGAUGUGCCGAGCCCUGUAGGAAAAUUCCCCGCACAGAGGUACGAGGAUAAAGGACUCGACAAAAGCCGCGCUUCUGUGGAAUCGGAAAUUACAGAAGACGAGGGCGUCCUGUUAAGUCCCUUAACUCCGCCACAAGAAAAACGCAGUCUUGUCCUGGAAGGCUCCGAUGAUACGAAGCGUAAAAAGGGGAGUGCCUCCCCUAAACCAGACGACUUAGAAAACAGGCUACUCGAAGCUAACGCGACUAUUGCGACGCUACUGGGAGAGUUAGACCAGGUACGCGGAGAAAUCAAAGAAAGGGCAAAUAUAGGGACAGACGUGGUGGAAGAGUCAGGACAUCGACAGAAGGCAGACACUCCACAAACAACCGUGCGUUCAGUAGAAAUAGGAGUCAAUACAGAGGAAGACAAGACACAGGCGGAUUUAAGCCAGUCUGGUGGAGUUGAUGAUAACGUUUCAACAAAACAAGGGCAGGCAAAUACGACGAUGGGUGACAGUGGAGCCAAAAAGCAGCAAAAGACGGUCAGUCGUGGGAUUCAGACUGACUUCGCAGACAAUGCCGAUAUUGCAGCGAUGCCUCCAGAGAAGAGAGAAGAUAGUGAAGCCGGAAAAGGAGAAAAGCCAUCAGGAAAGACAGAGAGCAAAAGCAAGACGAGGAGCGCAAUAGUCGAAAUGAUGAAAGACGACAGGGAGUUGAAAGCCAAAUUUAACAUCGCAGAAAACCUAAAGAAGGCCCUGGCUGCAAAGUCUAAAGGCGCACAGCAAGGAAAGGCAGAAGCGACCCCUAGCGAAGAAGUCGUCAAAGUGGAGGAAAUACGUCAUCUGGACAGAAUCACGUUUGGCGGGAAAGGGUCGGAGCUGGGAAAGUUCAACCGGCCGCGAGGGGUCGCUGUGUCAUCAAAGAACGAAAUCUUCGUGGCAGAUCGGGACAACAGGCGAAUCCAAGUCCACAACAUGAAAGGCGAAACCCUCCGCGAAAUCCCGACCACGGUACCCGGACAAGAGACCCUGACCAUGCGGCCGGACGAUAUCGCCAUAGACGGGAACGACCUGAUGUGGAUAGUGGGCAGCGACUGGUCGACGGAGUUCGUGAUCCCGUACACCAUGGAGGGCGAGCCGCUGGGGAAGUUUGACCUGCCGGACACCGUGAGAUUCCGCGGGAUUACCGUCAACCCGCGUAACGACCACGUCAUCGUCACCCUGACGGACAAGACGUUUGGAACUCGCGGCGAAGUGAGAGUUUUCCGGCCGGACGGCUGGCAACUACGGAGGGUCGGUCUGAACCAAGGCAUGGUGGCUCCCAUGUUCGUCAGCUUGGACAAGGACGACAACAUCCUCGUCUCGGACUAUGGCACGCACUCUGUUUACGCCUUCGACCAGGACGGAACAUUCCUCUUUAAGUUCGGAGGGUACGGGAGCGGCGUCGGUCAGCUGAAGGACCCCCGCGGCAUCUGCGUGGACGGUGCGGGGAACAUCAUCGUGGCCGACUUCGGGAACAAGCGGCUGGAGAUGUUCAGCAACCAGGGGAAGUUUCUCCGCCACGUCACGGACAGUACGGGACGGCCGGACGGCAUCGCCGUUGGACCAGACGGACAGUUAGUCGUGACUGAGUGGAAUCAUACAGCGUCUAUCAUCCCUAGUUACUAAUGGAGCAUGGCUUUGUACUGACGGUGUAGGAAAUCAUCAAUAUACAAAUGUAUGACUGUCCAUCACAAUUAGCAGUUAACCAAUGAUGGCUUGGUAAUUAGCAGUUCGACCAAUGAGAGAGUGGCUGCAUAGUCGUAUAAAGGUCCUGAACGGGUAACAUGUAAUACAGAGUUGUUUCCAAUAGCUUUGUACUGUUUCUUUAAAUUGCAUGUAGUUAAUAAUUAAUUGCAUUGCGAUAUUUUAAUAUCAAUUUUUGGUCUGGAAAAAAGGUUUACGUAUGGGUUAUAGUUCAAUAUUGUUGUGAUUCAAAUGUAACAGAAAA